UCAACAACUCACAUGUGGCCUUGAAGGCGCCGCCGUUGCUACCGUUCUGCUAGCACUAACUGGUUAAUGUGCUUUACCUGACUCAAAUAUAUAUUACACAGCCAUACAUAUUUUAAAAUAGCGCUUCCCAAGCCAACAUGCCGCCGAAGAAACCCGCACCGGCUACGGGGAAUAAAAAAACUCAAGAGAAGAAAAAGGAAAAGAUAAUUGAGGACAAGACUUUUGGCUUGAAGAACAAAAAAGGGGCCAAGCAGCAGAAGUUCAUUAAGAAUGUUACACAGCAAGUCAAAUAUGGACAGCAAAGUGCCAAACAGAUUGCAGAGGCAGAUAAGACAACUAAGAAGGGUGACAAGAAGAAAGAGCUUGAUGAACUCAAUGAGCUAUUUAAGCCUGUAGUUGCUGCCCAGAAAGUCAGUAAAGGUGUUGAUCCAAAGUCAGUGCUGUGUGCAUUCUUUAAGCAGGGCCAGUGUACUAAAGGUGACAAAUGUAAGUUCAGCCAUGACUUGUCUAUGGAGAGAAAAUGUGAGAAGAGAAGUGUCUACGUGGAUGAAAGAGAUGAAGAACUGGAAAAAGACACUAUGGAGAAUUGGGAUGAGAAGAAGCUGGAGGAAGUGGUCAACAAAAAACAUGGAGAGGCAGAGAAGAAGAAAGCCAAAACACAAAUAGUGUGCAAGUACUUCUUGGAAGCCAUAGAGAAUAAUAAGUACGGCUGGUUCUGGGUGUGUCCAGCAGGAGGCGACGUCUGUAUGUACAGGCACGCCCUUCCGCCUGGUUUUGUACUAAAGAAAGAGAAAAAGAAGGAGGAGAAAGAGGACGAGAUCUCAUUGGAGGAACUGAUAGAGAACGAGCGUGCAGCUCUGGGUGCAAAUGUAACUCGGAUCACACUGGAGACCUUCCUGGCUUGGAAGAAGAGGAAAAGGCAGGAGAAGGUGGAUAAAGCCAGAGAGGAGAUGGAGAAAAAGAAGGCAGACUUUAAGGCUGGAAAGUCGCUCAUUGUGAGCGGCCGCGAGGUGUUUGAGUUCCGGCCGGAGCUGGUUGACGAUGACGACGAUGAAGCCGAUGAUACUCAGUAUGCUGACGAAACAAAGGAAGAGGAUGAGGAAGAGACUGAUACUACAGAUGUCCAGGACAUAGACUUAUCCCGUUUUGUUCCACAAGAGGUUGACCAUACAGGUAUUACUGUAGCAUCCACAGACCGAUUCAGCUCCAGAAAUAAGAUGGCAAAAGCAGACAACGAGGAGCAACUGAACGGCGCCUGUGGUGGCGGCGAGGAAAACGGCCUUUCGGGAGCAGAAGGAGGCGGGGAGGAUGAAGGAGGGGAGGAUGGAGAUGUUGUGCCAGUGGAUGAAAAUCUAUUCAUGGGAGAAGAUUUAGAGGAGUUGGAUGAAGAACUCAACACGUUGGGGCUGGAAGGCUGAGAGGGCGCACAUGGGGAGGAGGAGGAGAGGUUGAGACGGACUAAGUGACAAAAGGGAAUGAUGGACGGAUGCAUGGAGCUAAACAUCAAAGAGAUCAGACAUUUGAAUGAUUUUUAACUUUCAGAGACUCCAGUAAUAAAGCCUGAUUAUCUCAUGACAUCACUGCCUGCCUCUGCUCCCUGUGUUUUCAGUGUUGGCCUUCAAAACACAUCAUUCUGCAUAGAAACAGCAGAUUUCCACAGCUGGGCCUGUCAGUGAUUUUCUGGGCCAACUCCAUUAGUGUUGUCAGAGUUUUCGGUGCACUUUGGUUACUUGAUAAACUUGCUGGCUUCUAUUUAACUGGGUUUAUUUGGUCACCCUCCUUCUCUUUGUGAUCACUUCAAUAAUAUAUUUAGUGAUGAGCAGAAACAGAUUUCUGUUGCAGCAUACAUAGAUGAGCCCCUGAUCUGAAGCAUAAAUAUGAAGAACAUCAAGAUUUUGCCACUUUCUCUUAUGCCAGAAUUAGUGUAUAGAUGCACCUUUUUCUCUUGAAGAAAUCUAUGAUUCCAUUUAAGUGUUUUAGAACCUCUUGCUUAGUGACAUCUUUAAUUCAAAUCCAGCCCUUCAUGAACAUUAACCUCAUCUCUUGAGACCAGAUUUGUGUUCAUUGCCAGCUUCAUAUUGUAAAUAAUCCCAAGAUGCCUCAACAAAAUAAAGUAACUCUACAUUC